ACUAUAUAGUAGCUUCCAAAAGGAGAAAUAAUAGAAAACCAUCAACCAUAGUUAUAUAUUUUUAAGAAAAUCAUGUCUCACAUAGCCGUCGAGAGGAACAGGAGAAGACAAAUGAAUGAACAUCUCAAAGUUUUAAGGUCCUUGACCCCUUCUUUCUAUAUUAAAAGGGGAGACCAAGCAUCAAUAAUAGGGGGAGUUAUAGAAUUCAUCAAUGAAUUGCACCAAGUUCUUCAAUCUUUGGAAUCACAAAAGAGAAGGAAGAGUUUAAGCCCUAGCCCUGGUCCAAGUCCAAGAACACUUCAACCAACACUUCAUCAAUUUGAUAUCUCCUCGGGAGGAAUUGAUACUAAUGCUUUCAAGGAACUAGGUGCAAGUUGCAAUUCUUCAAUUGCGGAUGUAGAAGUGAAAAUUUCAGGUCCAAAUGUGAUUUUGAGAGUGAUUUCUCAUAGAAUUCAAGGUCAAGUUUCAAGGAUUAUAACUAUUUUAGAAAAUCUAUCAUUUGAAGUCCUUCAUCUUAACAUCAGUAGCAUGGAGGAGACCGUCCUAUAUCAAUUUGUAGUCAAGAUAGAGUUGGGAUGUCAACUAAGUUUGGAGGAACUUGCUAUGGAAGUACAACAAAGUUUUUGUUCAGAGGCUAUGAAGUUGAUUGCUGUGUGAGGAUAUAUUUUGCAUUUCAAAAGAGACUCCAUUUCCAAUCGUGUGUUCAUAAAAUAUAAGCAUGUGAGAGAGAUGCAUUCAACUAAACUAAUAAAUUAGUUUAUAAUAUACUCUCUUCUAAAUGAAAUAUAAAU